CGAUAUUCGCAGCAGCACCUGAAGGCAGCACCAGCAUUCUUGAUGUGGCCGCCAUUGCUGCCAUGCUACGAGCACCUUUGAGCACCUUUUUGCGGUUAAUGUGAUAAAUAUUACUCAUCUUUUGCUUUUACCGUGAUGCUUUGAUCGCUGGGUAACUCUCCUGAUUGCACAGACUCAACAAUUAGCCAGAUUUCUACGGGAAACAUCGCAGUGUGCAGAAACAAUACGUUAGCUCACAAGCUAGCCUCCAUUUUAAAGCUAGCACAGGUUUGUCUGCAGCGACACGCUUGUUUUUGUUGGUUUUUUGUUUUUGUUUUUCCUGUUUGGGGGGGUAUUUGUGUUUUGUGAAGAUGUCGCUACAUGGUAAACGUAAGGAGAUCUACAAGUACGAGGCUCCGUGGACGGUGUACGCCAUGAACUGGAGCGUAAGGCCGGAUAAGAGGUUCCGGCUGGCGUUGGGCAGCUUCGUGGAGGAGUACAACAACAAGGUCCAGAUAGUUGGACUGGAGGAGGAGAACUCAGAGUUUGUGUGUCGAAACACUUUCGACCACCCGUACCCCACCACCAAGGUCAUGUGGAUUCCAGACAGCAAGGGGGCGUACCCUGACCUGCUGGCCACCAGCGGAGACUACCUGAGAAUCUGGAGGGUGGGCGAAACAGAGACCCGACUGGAGUGCCUGCUCAACAAUAACAAGAACUCAGACUUUUGUGCACCUCUCACAUCCUUUGACUGGAACGAGGUGGACCCAAACUUGUUAGGUACUUCCAGUAUUGACACUACCUGUACGAUCUGGGGGUUGGAGACUGGACAGGUGCUGGGAAGGGUCAACUUAGUGUCAGGUCAUGUCAAGACUCAGCUCAUUGCCCAUGACAAAGAGGUGUAUGACAUCUCUUUCAGCCGAGCGGGUGGUGGCAGGGAUAUGUUUGCAUCAGUGGGAGCAGACGGCUCAGUUCGCAUGUUUGACCUCCGUCACCUUGAACAUAGCACCAUCAUCUAUGAAGACCCACAGCACCACCCACUGCUCCGGCUCUGCUGGAACAAGCAGGACCCCAACUACCUGGUCACCAUGGCGAUGGACAGCAUGGAGGUGGUGAUCUUAGAUGUGCGUGUGCCCUGUACUCCGGUGGCUAGACUCAACAACCACAGGGCCUGUGUCAAUGGAAUCGCCUGGGCUCCGCACUCCUCCUGUCACAUCUGUACAGCAGCUGAGGACCACCAGGCUCUAAUCUGGGACAUCCAGCAGAUGCCGCGGGCCAUUGAGGACCCUAUACUGGCCUACACAGCUGAGGGAGAGAUCAAUAAUGUCCAGUGGGCCACCACUCAACCCGACUGGAUUGCUAUCUGCUACAACAACUGCCUGGAAAUCCUCAGAGUCUGAGCUUCAGUCAUGAAGAGAUGAGGCAACUCAAAAACAUUGUCGGUUGAAUUAACAAGCUGUUUAAGAAGGACGGAGCAAUAUUCAGUUCAUGCUCUUUUUGGGUUCAUGUUGAUACAGAUUAUGUGUGUAAAGCUUUUUUCAACAGAGUGAGAACGAGAGAAAAUCAGCGCUCGACUUUGUGAUACAAAAUCAAGACGUCCUGUAUCAGAAAACUCAAAGGAGCGCCAAAACAAAAACGGUAACCAAGUCUCAAGAAACUGUUGUCGUGUACAGACGUGAACCAAGGUUCAAUAGCCUUCGAGCUCUGUUUGUUGUCUAACAGACAAAAAGUCUACUCAGUUUCAUGCUUUUAUACGCUAUUAUGGUGCAUUGUAUGUGUAGGUUUACUCAUUAUGACGUCCUCAAACAUUCAUUUUUAUGGUGCAGCAAAGAUGUAGUUUAGCCACAUUUAAAAGUGGAUUGAAUGUGGUUAAUGUGGUUUUAAGUGUUCAUAUAUUCAAUUGUUUUUUUAACCUAAAUAUAUGUGUUCUAUUCAACUGAAUACCAUUUGUGAUAUGUUGUGAUACAUUGAUUAAAUAGUUAUUAAAGCAAGGGUUGGAAGUCUUGAGAAGCUAGCAAGAUUACCAACCCCACCUUUAACCAUUGACCAUGAUACAGAUUUCUGUUUGUAAUUUGUGCACCAGUUAUUUUAUUCAUAUCACCUUUUUUUUUUUUUUUUUUUUACAUAAAUCAACGGUCCCUCACAGUUUAAACCAUUGUACAGUUUUAUAUUCAGACAACAAUUAUUUCACAGUGAGGUGACUCAUCAACAAAUUGAUAAGAAUCUAUAGUAGAGAUUUACAGUUAAGAACAAUAGGUUACCUGUAAAUACUGAGAGAACACUGCCUGAAGUACAUCAUACACAAUCUCUACAAUUUAGAGAAACUUUUCUCUUUUUUAAACAGCCCUAGAAAACUGUAAUUGUAUAACAAAUGCUGUGAGUCCUGUUGUGAUAUUCAGUAAUGUUGUGAUAUUGGGAUGGGGUGGGACCAUGUGGGGGUGAACAGGAGUUAUUUCUUACUUACUGUUGGUGUUUCACUACGGGGUCAUGAUGUGUGAUUAUUUGCUAAACAUAAAGUCCAAAAACCACUUGCCCAUGAUUCAUUUUCACAAAUUGGGUCCAGAAAAGAUCCAAAGAAGCAUUACCUAUGGCCAAUAAUUAAUUUAAAUAGAAAUCAAAGUAAUAUGUGUGUGUUUAUUGAGAAAAAGGGUCGCCACUCUAUAAAGUAUA